UGGCUGAGAGGAAAAUGGGAGGGGUUCACAACUGAAGCUGAUGCCCCAGAGAAACAUUUGGGUCCCAUAAGUGCAACUGUCUCACUCUUUAGGACAAAAGGGUUUAGUAGAAAGUAAAUUCCAUCAGCUGUAGCCGAGGCCUAAAACACCACCAACAUGUCAAGCAAGCGAGCAAAGGGGAAGACCACUAAAAAGCGCCCUCAGAGGGCCACAUCAAAUGUAUUUGCCAUGUUUGAUCAGUCACAGAUCCAAGAGUUCAAGGAGGCAUUUAACAUGAUUGACCAGAACCGAGAUGGAUUCAUCGAUAAAGAGGAUCUUCAUGAUAUGCUUGCCUCUUUAGGUAAGAACCCGUCUGACGAGUAUCUUGAGGCCAUGAUGAGUGAAGCACCAGGCCCCAUCAACUUCACCAUGUUCCUCACCAUGUUUGGAGAGCGGCUUAAUGGAACUGACCCGGAGGAUGUCAUCAGGAAUGCCUUUGCUUGCUUUGAUGAAGAAGGAUCUGGUUCCAUUCAUGAAGAUCAUCUGAGAGAGCUGUUGACCACCAUGGGAGAUCGUUUCACAGAUGAAGAGGUGGACGAGCUUUUCAGAGAGGCUCCCAUUGACAAAAAGGGCAACUUUAACUAUGGCGAGUUCACCCGUAUACUCAAACACGGGGCCAAGGACAAAGAUGACAUAUAGACAAUCACAGACAUACCGCUACAGCUGGACAGCGCAUCGAAAACACGUACUCAACAUCUGAAUAAGCAUGCAUAGAAGCAACUGCAAUAAAGCAUUUCAACGUUUUGCCUUUUUACAUAUUUAAAUACAUAUUUUAUGUAAUGCUAUAUAAUAUGAUCAGAUUAUUUUGCUAACUAAAUCUGUUAAAUGGAAUGUACAUUUUCGGUUGCUAUAGAGUAGAGUUUGACCGAUAGUGGAUUUCGCUGAUACGAUAACUAAGGUGAUGGAUAGUGCCGAUAACAGAUAUAUCGGGCGAUAGUUUUUAAAAACGAUUUAUUGAAUAUAAAAAUAUUUUCAUAGUCUUUCUUCACUAUGACAGACAGAGGUAACAAGAGUCAAAAAUUUAUAAAAUAACAGAGGCAGUUUAUUAUACAACCAGAACACCAAAACUAACCUGAAAACAAUUACAAUUGGGUGCAUAACACAGGACUUUUAAAGGGCAGCUAUUAUAGCAUUUAAAAUGCUCCUAAUAUUGUUUUGGGAGUCCCCAACAACAGUUUUACAUGCAUGCAAUGACAAAAAACACUUUUUGUCUUAUAAUAUGCAUUUAUGUUUACCUGAUUUGCUCACCGACUCCCAAAUGAUUCGUUCAACGACUCAUUUUUCCAAACCCCUCCUUUGCGUGACGCUAAUCUGCGGUGAUUGGUCAGAUGACCCAGUCAGUUGUGAUUGGUAUACUCUGUGCAGAGAUUGUCGGAAACGGAACGCCCAUCAUCGCUUUGUAGUAAAAACAUCAAAAUCAGAGAAGGAAUUUGAGUUGAUUUAUAUUAGCGAUCAUAGCCCAAAGUUCGGUGGUAAACACCCAAUCAGUUAUUGUUUGCGUUAGCCCAACGCAUAAACAUAUUGGUAAAGCACUGCAUUACUACAAGUUAUUGCUCUAUUCUUUAUGACAACUCCAAUAACAUCCACAAACAUUUCACAUAUUUCAAAAAAAUUGACAUUGGAGACCUAGAAGCUGCGCUGAGCGUAACUUACACAACACACACAAAUACUUAUUAAGCAUGCUAAAAAACA